AGGACAUGCAUUCGUGAAUUGUCGUCCUAAUUUUAUAUCACAAUUUUAUCUUCAUCAUGAGUAAAAUAAAAAACGUAUUUUUUUUUGUAAUUAGUUAGAGCUGACCGCCUGCUGUUUAUAACUGUUUUUAAUAUAGAAAUAGUUUACAUAGAAUCAUCAAAGCUUAUUUAUUUAACAAAAAUGAAUGUUUCAGACGUUAUAAAAGUUCAAAAGGUAGAAAAUGUGUUAAUGCCCGACAAAUAUGGAUUAAAAAAUACUUUAGGCACAUUUUAUUUAACUGAAACACAUUUUAUCUUUAUGGAAUUAAAUGGCAAGAAGAAAAUUUGGGUUCUAAAUUCACAUGUCGCCAAUACGCAAAAAUUGCCAUUACUCUCAAUUGGUUCUCCACUUCGUAUUAAGUGUAAAAAUUUUUUCGUCGUUACAUUUAUAAUACCAAAAGAACGAGACUGUCACGAAGUAUUUUUAACAUUAUUAAGAUUAUCGUUUCCAACAAGAAUAGAAGACUUAUAUUGUUUUAAUUAUAAGGGCAAUAACGAGAGACUUACACAAGAUUUUGGUUGGAACUUUUUCAGUAUUCAAGAUGAAUUUCAAAGACAAGGUGUUCCAAAUGAAGAAUGGUCACUGUCUUAUCUUAAUGUGAAUCACGAGCUCUGCGAAACUUACCCAAAAUAUAUCUAUGUUCCCAGUUCAUGCAGUAACACUGUAUUAAUGGGUAGUGCUAAAUUUCGUAGUAAAGGAAGACUACCAGUAUUAACUUAUUUAUAUAACAAUAAGGCAUCCAUUUGCCGAUGCAGUCAACCAUUGUCUGGCUUUAAUGCUCGCUGUUUAAAGGAUGAACAAAUGCUUUACUAUUUACUUUGCACAAAUCCCAAUUCAAAAUACCUUUACGUAGUUGAUACAAGACCGCGAAUUAAUGCUAUGGCUAAUCGUGCUGCGGGAAAAGGCUAUGAAAAUGAAAAUUUUUAUGAUAAUAUUAAAUUUCAAUUCUUUGGAAUAGAAAAUAUUCAUGUUAUGAGAUCAAGCUUAACUAAAUUAAUCGAGUUGCAAAAAAUCACCUCGAUGAAUGAAUUUCUCAGCGGACUCGAAAGCAGUGGAUGGCUAAAACACAUUCGUGCAAUACUAGAAACAUCUUGGUUUAUAGCACGUAAUGUAGCUAAUGGGAUUAGUGUCGUGGUACAUUGUAGUGAUGGAUGGGACAGAACGGCACAAGUUUGUUCAUUGGCUGCUUUAAUGUUAGAUCCGUUUUAUAGAACUAUUCAUGGUUUCCAAGUUUUAAUAGAAAAAGAUUGGCUUGCAUUCGGUCAUAAAUUUAACGAUCGUUGUGGAUUUGUAACAAACGCUGAUGGUAAAGAAUUAGCACCAAUAUUCACCCAAUUUAUCGAUGCAAUUUACCAACUUCUGCAACAAUUUCCUUAUAUGUUCCAAUUUAAUGAACAAUAUUUGGUUACGCUACAUGAUCACGUACACAGCUGCCAGCAUGGAACAUUUAUUGGAAAUUGCGAAAAAGAUAGACAAUUUUUAAAACUUUCAGAAAGAACCUAUUGCCUCUGGGGCUAUAUGGCUCAGCACAUAAAUGAAUUUAUAAAUCCAUUGUAUUCAAGUAUCCAAUAUAAAGAAGAAACUAGUCGCAUUCUUAAGCCAAAACUUUAUCCGCAAAGUAUUGUAUUGUGGCGAGGACUUUACUUCAGAUUUGAAAAUGGUGUUCAUCCUAGGGAAUCUUACGAAGAUAUUCUUUUAACAAUGAACAACCAUAUCAGUUCCAUAGAAGAUCAUAAUAAAUUUCUUGCUAAAAGGAUAAAUUCAAUAGGACAAUUAAAUACAUCAAAUAAUAUAGAGCUAACGUCUCCAAAUAAGUGCAAAUUAGACAAUGAAUAUCUAAAGGAAUGCCCUCUUAAAGAAAAAUUAAUUAAUAUUAAGAACGAUACAAAUAGUAGAAAUAAAGAGGAAAUAAAGGAAUUAGUUAGCGAAUUGAAUGUCAUAGCAUUGGAAUGGAAAUCCUCUAGAAACAUGAGUGAAUGUAAAUGUGCUACUACUUUUGAUGCUUUUAAUAAAAAGUAUCAUUGUUGGUCGUGUGGAAACGUAUUAUGUCAGCGAUGCAUGGGUAUGAACAGUCCACAUGCAAAAUAUUCGACUCAGCGUGCAGUUCCAACUUGUAAAUUUUGUUCUCAAAAAUCGACAGCAUUAACGUCUAUAACACCUUAAAAAUAGAUCUACUUUAAACAUUUCAUAAUCAGAGAAACUAUUAUCUUUAUUAUCGAAAUUAUUUAAUAUUUAAUCCAACAUUUAUUACACUUUUCAAGUUCAGAUCUCGGAAUAGGAACUUUCAUUAAUCUUAACUUGUCACUCAAUUUCAAAUGUGCUUGAAUUUGAA